AUGGGGGGCUGGGCGGGGCAACACCUGGCGCAGGAGUGGCGGUGGUGGCGGAGGCCCCUGUGGGCGAGGUCUACCCCAGCCCAGGUGCGGGGAGUGUGUGGCGGUGGUGGCGGUGUCGGGAGCCCACCCGGGGACCUGCUGCUCUACAGAUACCCCCGGCCAGCCUUCGCCCGGCUCCUGGCCCUGUUCUGCGGGGCGCAGGCCGUGUUCUGGACCUACCUGGCCCACCUCGCCUUCACCUCCCUCAGAGACACGGAGCCCAGAGGAGCCCGACCCGAGGGGGCGCCCAAAACUGCCGACACCUCCCUCAACAUGGGCUCCAACUGGUGGAGAUAUGGAUUCACCCUCUCCUGCCUCACCGUCGGCUCGUCUAUACUGGCGGCUGGUCUGGCCUUUAGCCGGCGUUCCGUCUGUGCCAUCUGGCUUCACCAGGGCGGCCGAGAAGUGUCCAUCUCCACCCACGGGCUGCUGGGCGGCACGCGGACAUUCCAGGCACCGCUCCGCCACCUCUCGUGCGUAGCUCACCGCGCCCACACCACCUCCUUCCUGCCCCUCAGGGUCAGGGGUCACCGGCUCUACUACCUGCUGGACGCCCGUGGGCAGUUCGUCCGGCCCGACGUCUUUGAUGUGACUGUGGGGGCCUACAGGAAGCUGUGAACCCCCCCCU